AUGCCAACCAUGGGAAUUGAAAUCCCGUCCAGCUUUCCUGGCGAGUGUUCUCUUAAAAGACAUCAAAGAAUGUUUUCUUUUUAUCUCAUCCAUUAUCAGCAAUAUAUUAAACAACAUGAAACGAUGUCAGGUGUCAAGUGUCAAGUGUCUGAAAAUCUUGUCAAUGAAAAAUGCCAUUCAUAG